AUGCACAGUCAAAUCAAACGACAGCUCCCACGUGGAGCUGAAGCAGGACCGGAGAGCCAGAAAAUAAUUCUCUCUCUUUGGGAUAUCGCUUACGGGGUUCCCCCAGCCAAAGAACCAAAUACUCCAAGAGUUGGUGUCGCAGUAGUACUCUUGCAUGCAAACCCCAUAAGGCCUGUCUUACUGCAAUCGAAGCACGGUAGCGGUCGAAUGAACAUUCGAGUAGCUCUCCUUUGGAGUAGCUCUCGUGACAAAAUAAAGCCUCUGCUUUGA